AUGGGAUCUGCUUCUGCUUCCGAUCCCUACCCCGUGUCUGUUUCGUCCCUUCACUUCCCCUCAGCAGAGCAGCAAUCGAUUUCCCAAACGCUAUCUGCAUUGCGACGAUCAGCGCUCUCCGUCACCAACCGACUGCGUUCCAUCGAGGCCGACGCGGCCUUUGUCCGUGAGGUUGCAGCCCAUUACGACCUUCCUCUCAUCGCCAACGAAAGAUGCGGGAGCUGGUAUAUCCCGCCUGAAGUCAAGUCGGGCAGUGCGUACUUCAAGAGUACAGAUGGUCACACGGGCCAGUGGGAUUUCAGCUUUCGCAGACUAAAUUUGCAGCUUCUACCAAUUGCCAGAGAACAUGGGGGUUGCAUUAUCGUGGAUUCCACGCGCCGGGGUAAAUUGAUGCCUGAUGCCCUGUCUAAAACCGUUCCAAUCUGGUGUGCCGUCAUCAACCGGGCGCUGUUUCCGUCUGACACUGCAUAUCACGCGGUGAAUUUUCCGCCAAAUUAUCUGGGCGCUUCUGAAGAGUCCCAGAUUGAGCGGAGGAUUGACGGCUUCGUCAAAUCCCUCGAGAAUCUGAAACUCGAUCUGGAUGAACUCAAGCAGCAGCUUGGAAAGCCUAUUCGGGUGGCAUGGGCCAAUCGCGCCUACUUCCAUCCGACAGAUCUGCAUAAAGGGAAUGACUAUCGCCUGUUUGUCCUCUGUUCCGCAUCUAAAAGAGUCCAUGGCGCAGAAAUGUCCGAAGGCGGCUAUAUCCAAGGAGCAGGAGAUGACAGCGAGAGUUGGGCCUAUGGGUUAACUCCUCCUGUCUUUUGGGCUACUAAAGCGACCCUGUUCCAGUACUCAGAAGAAGAUCUCCCAACCGUAAUCGAGCAGCUGGUUGAAGACCACAGCAAAAAGAACGUUGAUCAAAGAGCGAUACGUGUUGCGCCAACACGAAACUUAUAUAUCAGCCAAACACACCCACAACUAAACAAUGGCAGCAUGUUCAAUCUGGUUAUAGAUUGUAAUGCGAGCCCAGAAGGGGCGGAAGAUAACGCAAAUCGCCUGAAUCUCGGUUGCGGGUCUUCUAAGCUUGGAAGCCGUGACCUGCGCAAACACCUGGACAAGGUCCAAGACUUUGUCAAGUCCCGUCUGAGCUCAGACCCAUCACAAUCAUUGCUGGUGACAUGUGAGACUGGCAAGGAUCUUUCGGUCGGUGCUCUACUUGCGAUAUUGUGUCUGUUCUAUAAUGAGGAAGGCAAGUCUCUCAUCGAUCUGUCAACCCAUCGUGUGUCUCUUGUUGGGCGUCUUUUUAAUACUAAUAAUACUUCAGGCGAAUUCAAUGCUAUUCCCACCAACCAACUGAUCGGCAAGCAAUUCAUUCGUCAGCGGCUUGCCUGGAUCACAUCCUCCAAACAUGAUGUGAAUCCCUCGCGGUCUACGCUUCAAUCGGUCAAUGCCUUCCUCAUGCAACGCCCAGAUUACUAA